CCCGGCGCUGCAGGUGGCUGGGGCGCGGCUGCGCAAUGGUGGCCUUGUUGGCCUUGGUCGCUGGCUUGGUAGCCGGGCUGGUCACUGGGCUGGAUUCCAAAGAAAAAUUUCUGCAAAUCACAAUUCCAACGAAGAUUCUGUCAAAUACAAGUGACGAUGCAAAACUACAACAUGUGUCUUAUGUCAUAACAGUAGGAGAGACGCCUUACACCAUUCACCUCCAGCAAAAAAUAUUUCUUCCGGAAAACUUUGUGAUUUAUAUGUAUAACCAAGAAGGAGCUUUGAAUUCUGGUUCCUCGCAUAUUGAGACUCAUUGUCACUAUCAAGGAUAUAUUGAUGGUUUCCCAAAUUCACUUGCCACGUUGAAUACGUGUUCUGGACUCAGGGGACUAUUGCAGUUUGAAAAUGUCAGUUACGGAAUUGAACCUCUCGGGUCUGCAGCAGGAUUUGAGCAUCUUAUUUAUCAAGUGAACAAUGAAAACACAGAUCUUGCUCUCCUAGCAGAAAAUAACUCAGCCAUUGUAUCAAAUGUACUGACUUAUAAAGGUCUUUUAAGUGUAGAAUCACAAUCCGAUUUUUCACAGCUAUUUCCUCGCUAUCUGGAAAUGCAUAUUGUAGUGGACAAAGCUCUGUAUGAUUACAUGGGUUCUGAUACUCUGACUGUUACAAAUAAGAUCAUCCAGAUUAUUGGCCUUGUCAAUACAAUGUUUACCCCAUUUAAAAUUACUGUUGUCCUAUCAUCUUUGGAGUUCUGGACAGAUAAAAAUAAAAUCUCUACAACCGGCGAGGCUGAUGAAUUGUUGCAAAGGUUUUUAACAUGGAAACGUGACUAUCUUGUCCUCCGGCCCCACGAUGUGGCCUAUUUACUUAUCUAUCGAGAUUAUCCUGAUUAUGUGGGAGCAACGUUUCCUGGGAAGAUGUGUGUUGCAAAUUAUGCUGCAGGAAUUGUUCUGUAUUCCAGGUCAAUAACUUUGGAGACAUUCUCAGUUAUUAUUGCCCAGCUGCUAGGACUCAGCAUGGGAAUAGCCUACGAUGACACUAGGAAGUGUCAUUGUUCAGGAACGAUCUGCAUAAUGGAUCCUGAAGCAGUGCGCUCAAAUGGUGUCAAGACCUUUAGUAGCUGCAGUUUGGGAGACUUUGAAAAUUUCAUUUCGAAGACAGGGGUGGAAUGUCUUCAAAAUCAGCCACAUCUGAAUCCAUUAUACCGAAGUUCUGUCUGUGGUAAUAAGAUUGUGGAACAAAAUGAGCAGUGUGACUGCGGCAACACCACAGAAUGCAAAGAUACCAACUGUUGUAAUCCUUCAAAUUGUAGACUGCAACCAGGGGCUCAGUGUGCUCAUGGAUUGUGCUGCAAGAACUGUAAGAUUGCAGAAAAGGGUACAGAAUGCAGACCUCGAGCUCAUUCUGAGUGUGACGUCACUGAAUUUUGUAAUGGGUCUUCUCAAUACUGUCAACCUGAUAUACAUCUACUUAAUGGGAAAUUGUGCCAACAAAAUUCUGUGUGCUAUGAUGGAGAGUGUCACAAUCUUGAUUCACGAUGUCAAGCAUUAUUUGGAAAAGGUUCCAAAAAUGCUCCCUUUUCCUGCUACGAAGAAAUCAAUGCUCAUCAGGAUAGAUUUGGGCACUGUGGUGAUUUUCAAACAAAACGUGGACGGUUUAAAGCCUGUACUUGGAGAAAUCUCCAAUGUGGAAAGUUAAUUUGUACAUACCCAAGCCGAAAACCGUUCUUUCAAGAAAAUGGAGCCGUGAUUUAUGUUUUUGUGCGAAAAACCGUUUGUGUAACUAUAGACUAUAGGUUGCCUUUUACAGUUAUGGAUCCAAUGCUGAUCAAAAGUGGCUCGAAUUGUGAUGUUGGCAGGGUUUGCAUAAAUGCUUCAUGUGUAGAAUCCCGUUACCUCAUUAAAGCAGCAAAAGAUUGUGCAGAAAAAUGUAAUGGCCAUGGAGUAUGCAAUUCUAAAAAAAACUGCCAUUGUUCACCUGGAUGGGCACCUCCAAAUUGCAGAACUCAAAGCCGAGGAAGAGGUGGAAGUACUGACAAUAUGCUAUUUUGGAAAUAUGGAGAAGGGAAUGUUCACACUUCCGAGGACAUUCGGAAGAACAAGUUCCUUAUUGGUUUCUAUAUUGGUGUUCCUCUUCUGAUUGUUAUCAUUAUUGGAUUUAUAAAAUGGAAUGAUCUGAGAAGUUGGUGCAGUCGUGAGGAGUCAGUACAUGAUGAUUGUAGAUCAGAAAAAAGUGACGUCUCAUACAGUAGUAACAGCGAACCAAGUACAUAAGCCAUUUCUGCUGCGGACAUGGGAUGUCACCACCAACCUAACCUGAAACCAAGGGAGCUAGCGAGUGGCUUCACUUUGUUUUUCAUUACUUGUCCAUUUGGAAGAUUUUAUUUUGGAAACAAUAAAUAGAAUGGGAACAU